CUAGCUCAAUGGUGCUGCCUAUGGUAGUGGUAUAUACCUCAGUCCUCAUGCAAUGACUUCAUUUGGAUACAGUAACAGAUAUUAUUAUGAUCCAUCAUCACAGAAAAAAGGUAGCAGUGGUAAGCAGUUGGAGACACUAGCAGGAAAGCUCAACAUUACAUGUAUUGCAUUAUGUGAAGUUGUCACAAGUAAAGAAUUAAGGCGAAGUGGUGACAUAUGGGUCUGCUCCAAUAGUGAACACGUAGUCACUAGAUUCUUCUUUGUAUAUGACACUAACUCUGCUACCAGUGAAGCCUCUUCUCUUCACACUGAGACUAAUAGAGCAUUCAAACAAGAGAUUAUGCAUGCAGUGGCUUUAGCUAAAAAAAUGAAGUUAGAUAAUUCUACUGCUUCAAAAACUAAAUAGUAUUGUAAAUGAUUGUUUACUGUUUAUUGUGUUUGUGAUAUACAAACAUCAUUUAUAUUAUUAUAUUUUUUAAAU